CUUGCUUUAACUCCUUCUCUCAGCAUUUCCAGAAACUUCACUCUUCGCUCCAAUGAAUCCCCAACAACAAAACACACUGGACUCCGAUCAACCCCAGCUUCCCAACAUCAAGAUCCACCACCCCUCCUCUCCCCGCCACCACCACCACCACUCCCACUCCUGCGCCACCCCUACCCCUACUGCCGGGGCCCGUCGGAAGAUUGGCGUGGCCGUUGACCUCUCUGAAGAAUCCGCCUACGCUGUCCGCUGGGCCGUCGACCACUAUAUCCGUCCAGGAGACGCCGUCAUCCUCCUCCAUGUCUCGGCUACGAACGUUCUCUUCGGUGCUGACUGGGGCCCACUCUCCCACUCCAGUCCUUCUAUAAAUGAUGGAGACUCUUCCUCCGGCGGAUUACAUACGGACAAAGACGGAAAUCGUCAACAAAAUUCUCCGUCUCAGAAAGACAUUGAGGAGGAUUUCGACGCUUUCACUGCUUCCAAGGUUGCGGAUCUCGCGAAGCCGUUGAAGGAGGCGCAGAUACCUUACAAGAUCCACAUUGUUAAGGAUCAUGAUAUGAAGGAGAGGCUGUGCUUGGAGGUGGAGAGGCUUGGAUUGAGCGCUGUGAUCAUGGGGAGCCGAGGGUUUGGAGCUGCCAUGAGACGUAGUGAUGGGAAGUUGGGAAGCGUCAGUGAUUACUGCGUGCAUCAUUGUGUGUGCCCCGUUGUUGUGGUGAGGUAUCCCGAGGAUAAAGAUGGUGGCCCGACAGCUGAAGAGGCGGUUGUGUCUGUGAAAGAAGAUGAAGAAGAGGAGGCCGUGAUCAGGCCAGUUCCUCCAGCGGCGGUGGAGAAUUUGGCAUUGAACCGCAAAGAUGCAUAGGAUGGAUUUGGAGAACAGCUUCAUCCUUUUGAUAGAAGCUACGCAUUUUGAAUUGUUCGAGUUACAAGCCUUAGCUGAUACUUCAGGAGUUGCUACAUAUUCGGCGGGUGUGGUAUUCCGCAAAAAAUGGGUGAUUCCAGUGCUCUCCCUUAAGUUUCUUAGAUGUAUAAACUCUUGAGACUAUUUGCUUGAGAUUUUCGCUUCUUGAAGGUGUUGUGAAGUAAUUUAAUCUGCAUUGUAGUGUAUCUCACUCCAGUCUUAGUUUUCGCCUCCAUGAGCUCAUGAAUUUACUGGGUUUAUGAAUUUGCUUGAAAAAUUAUCAAAAUAUUAUUUUCCUUUCGUCUU